GCACAGAGAGCCAACAUGAUCGGCAAACAGUCGUGGACCUGUCUUUACUUUCUGCUCUUUUUCACCGUGCAGGAGCGAUGCGACGCCUGCGCCUGGAUCAACAGCCAGUACAAAGUCAUCAGCAACUUCUGUCUGUCCCUGCUGAGGGAAAUGGAUGGAGAGAUUAGUGAUACAACUACAGUGAAGAUAAAAUUUCCACAUUUUGCAUACGAUGAAGCUGAUAAGGCCAAGGCAGAAGAUAAAGUGAGGUUUCUGGCUGAGGCCACGGAGCAGAUCAUCAUUCUCUUCGAUGCUGUGUCUCGUGUAGAUGAAGUAAAAUGGGACAGCAGGGCCCUGGAGGAUUUCCUGAACAUCCUCAGUAGCCGGCAGUUAACAGAGCUUAAAAAAUGUACAGCAACGUAUGCUGAAAGAGCAGGACGCUCAUCCAGUGAGAGAAAACUGAGAAAACACUUCAGGAAAUUGAAGAAAAUUCUGAAAAAAGCUAAAUACAGCGCAGACUCUUUGGAGCAAAUCAGGAAUUUGGUGCAGCAACACCUCUGGAGGAUGGGCAUCAUUGCUGACAAUGUGAAGCAGAAAUGAAUAUAAAGGACCAACUAAAAGAGAACUGUUUCUUUUAUUAAUGAAGAAAAAACAGAACAUUUAACAAUACAUGUUAUUACUGUUCAAAAAAUGGACCAAAUAUGGGUCAACAAGACUUGUCUCAAUCAUCAAUUAAACUCAUAAUGUUUUUGAUUUAGCUGUUAAUAAUGUUAUUUAUGUAUUUAUUUAUUUAUUUAUUUAUUUAUUGAGUAAUAAUCACAGUGUUAUGUAUGUAUGUAUUUAUUUGUUUAUGUAUGAGUAGAAUUUGAA